GCGUGUAGCACUGUUUGGGGAAAUACCAUAAACAAACAGGCUUUUCAGUGCACUCCAGCUAGUGGGUCUGCCUGUCCUUUUAGGUUAUUACAGCUGUAGAAACACAUUUAACCCUGUCUGUCCUGCAGCCACGUCUGUCGCGUUAUCGUUCGGCCCCUCAGGACCACACACCCGGAGGAGGACGUUUAGCUUUGACAGGUUUUUGCAAAAUUGACUGCAGUCGAGCGGCAUUGACAGGAGACCAUGUCCGAUUUAAUUCUGCUGCUCCUGAUCAUUGUCACCCUGGUGUGUCUCACUGCAACAGUGGGGGUCUUAGUGGUGUACUCUGGUCUCCUGUCAGACGUGGUCAUUAAGACCGGGCCACCUCCGAUCAAGAGCGUUACCAUUGCUUAUAAGUUCAAAGAGGGCUCGUACAAGGACUGCGGGGCAGCCUACACAGAGAGCAGCAGCAUCGGACCCCUGCUGAGCUCCAUCGGUGUCUUCUACGAUGACCCCAAACAGAGGCCAGUGGAGAAGUGUCGCUACUUGGUGGGCAGUAUCCUGUGCGAGGGCGAAAAGAAGCCGAAAGAAAAGCUGACAAAGCUGUAUGAGAAGUUUGGGUACAAGGUGUUUUCGUUGCCAGAAGUGAGCCAUGCGGUGACUGCCAGCUUCCCUUGCACCACCCCUCUGUCCCACGUGCUGGGACCUUACAGGGUCUACCCAAAACUCGCCUCCUACAUCGAGGAGAGGAAGCUUAGUGCAUUCCCAACCAUUGAGAUCAAUAGCCCUGAUGUCAUCAACUAUAUGGUCCCGCUGUCCCGUCAAACAGACUUCUUUGUACCAGAGAUGAAAGAGGAGGUCACGAACGAUGUGAAAGAAGAGGACUCCGAUGAGGACAGAGGAACUGACAUUACAGGCGCAGAUUCGCACAGUGACGUGAGCUCGGUGAGCGGCGGCGUGCCCUGGGACAGCAGAGAGACGUCCCUGGCAGCGUCCACGGCCGCCUCCCUGGCCUCCUCCCUGCCCCUCAGGGACGUGAUGGAUGCAAACGAAGACAUUAAGCACAGGGACCACAGUGACAGAGGCUCAGACGAGUCCAUAGGCAGUGGCUCGUCAUUCGAGGAGCUUGACAUGGACCAAGAGGAGCAGCAGGAGGGAGAAGAGCUCGAGGAGAAGGACGAUGGGGAAGAGAACAGCGUCCCUGAGGGCGAGGAUGGAGCUGGAGAGUCGGUUGAAUUGGUGGCUGAGAAGAAAGGGUCCUCGGGGGAUGGAGAGGAGGAGUGAGGAUGCUGGAGAGAUAAGGGAUGUAGCCACGUAACGCUGACUUGCUAGAGAGCCUCUCAGCUGUGUUGUUGCUGGUUAUCUGUCAUGUAAUCUUGUUGGUGGAUCUAAACCUGGUCAUGCCAUGACCAAUUUGCCGUAUUUCUGCGCCUUCUUAAUCUCUUAUUAAAGCCUUUUUUUUUUUUGGUUGUUUUUUUUUUUUAAA